GAGAGAAUGAGAGAGAGGGAGAGAGAGGGGACUGGGAAUGGGUGGAUUGUUGUCUCCAUCUGCUGCCAGUUCCCAGGUCAUUCCAUUAUCCAGCUUCUACCAAGAGCAGUCCACAUCUCCAGACUAUUCCCACCUGGGUCCUUCUGUCCUCCUUCCUUCUGUCCUCCUUCCUUCUGCUCUAAUUAUCCAUCCGCUGUGUGAUAGAAGACAUUGGUGGUGUACCGGCUCUCUUAUGCAAUCCAUGAUCUGUGCCGUGUGAGGUUCCUCUGUCCUCCUCCUCCUCCUCUUCCUCAUCUCCUCAUUCCAGACCAUUUCCUCCAGCCAGCUUGAUUUCAGCUCUGCUCUCUCCAUUGCCAGUCCCGUCUUCACACCUUCAGGAUGCAGCCAGAGAACAAGGUGUGUCUGACGCGGUUGCCUUUGGUAAUAGUUUUUGGUCUGUUGAUUGUCAGCUCAGAUGGUUCAAAACCAAUCAAACGAGCACAGCCAAAACCCAAAGGAUGUGCUGAACGCCAAGAGGAGGUGUUGGAGCAGAUGUAUGGGCAUCUAGCAGCAGGCAUGCUCAGUGCCUACCACCACACAUUGCAACUGCAGCCAUUGGAGAAGGAGAAUAUUACCUGCCCAGCUGGGAUCCAUGGGAGGGCCCAAGCGGAAGGCAAGCAGCAGCUGCCGGUCAAUUUAAACAGCAUUUCUCCAUGGGCAUAUAGAAUAACAUAUAACCCUACAAGAUACCCCAAGUAUAUUCCAGAAGCAUAUUGCCUGUGUAAAGGUUGUCUGACAGGCCCCUUUGGUGAAGAGAACUUCAACUUCCGAAGUACACCGGUCUAUAUGCCCACGGUUAUACUCCAACGUACAACUUCAUGCACAGGUGGUCGGUAUGUCUACGUUGAAGACUACAUCACUAUUCCAGUGGGCUGCACUUGUGUGCCAGAAGUGGAGAAAGAGACUGAACAAGAUAGUGUGAACUCAAGCCUAGAGAAAGAAAAGUUCAAAGUGCACAUAAAUAAAAGUGAGAAACCAUCAUCCAACUGAAUACGGAGAUGAUGACAAGCAGGACAUAAGAAGAAAAGAUGUUUCUGUGUAGUCUAUUACUAUUUCCAUCAAACAGAUCUUAUUUCUGUAGAGAUAUGAGGAACAUUCACUUUAGGUGACCCCAUUGGAGAAAAUACAACAUACUUAUACUGGACAUAAUCGGGUACCAUAUUACAGUCCUAAAGGCACCAUCUUUUAGUAGGGCUGCAGUGAAUGAAGAGGAAACCGCUCCUACACCAAUGACUACUAAGACAGCAGCUGCCCACCUUCUAGUUAUUCUAUUAGAUGGUUCAUCAGCUGUUCCGUAAUUUGUGGUGGAAAUAUUCGGGACGUGGCCUAGAACUCUUUUGUGCCUCAAUCAGUACAACUACAUAAACCAGAUGAGAGAAAAAUGGAGAUACUGCUCCCCAUAGCAAAAAUAAAAUAAAAAUCAGGGUUUAUAUUUCACUCUGGGGCAACCCGAGACAGAUCAUUGUAGUUAUCGGAACCAGCAUUAUAUUUCUAUUGCCCAUAAACUCCAGGAUAUGGAGGGUUAACACUGUCAAUAAUCUAAGACAGGGGUCUCCAAACUGCAGCCCGAGGGCCAGAUGUGGCCCUUUGAUAGCCUUUAUCCGGCCCUUGGGGCACUA